AUAAACUGUAUAAGAUGUGUGCCAUUUGCAGUUUUAGGUAUGUUAUUUUAAACAUCACAUCUGCGACAGUUUUAGGGUAAAACUUCAGCAUCUUGUGUCUAACACUGAGUCACAAAUAGCCAUAUUUAUGUACCCCUUGGUUUUGGGUAAAGUUAACCCUGUACUGCAUUGGAUAAAAUUCCACAACGAAAUUAAUUCAAGUCAUUAUACAUUUGGUAAUUGCUUAGUUGCUUGAUGGGUCUCUUUACUUUAAGUGUAAUGUCAUGAAAGUGAUAUAGCCUUUGUUGAUUCUGAAAUCAUUAAACAUUUAUAUCGACCAGUGAGGAUGUAUGAUGGUGAAAUCAAUCCAAUUGUCUCAUCCAGACAGCCAUGCCAGUACUGGAGGUGAUCUGUAGCCUGAUUGGCUGGUUCUGUCUCUACUUGUUGUUCUGCUGUACCUUCACUCAGCGAGGGCCCGAGUGGAACUGUCGACUGGUCACUUUGUCCCACGGGGUCCUCAUAGUGCUGCUGACAGCAUAUGUCGUCUUCAUAGACGGACCCUGGCCCCUCACACAUGCAGGUACAGAAAACACUGAGCUCCAGACCCUCGCGCUGGCCAUCUGCCUCGGCUACUUCUUCUUUGACAUGGGCUGGUGUGUAUGCAGCGGCAGCGAGGGUCCUGUCAUGCUGGCGCACCACGCGGGGAGCAUCGUGGGCAUCCUGCUGGCUCUGCUCAUGGGAGUGUCAGGCUGCGAGACCUGUGGAGUUAUCUUCGGCAGCGAGAUCACCAACCCCCUGCUGCAGACCCGCUGGUUCCUCCGCCAGCUGGGCUUGUAUGACAGCCUGCUGGGCGAUGCAGUGGACCUACUUUUUAUUUUAUUAUUUGCCACUGUGCGCGUGGGAGUCGGCGCCGUGAUGUUUUACUAUGAGCUCACCUCUCCCAGGACCACACUCAUAAUGAAGCUCGGCGGUGUGGCUAUGUACGGACUGGCCUGGGUGUUCAUGGUGGACAUAGCCAGAUUUGGCUACAAGAAAAGUAGGGCUAAGUAUAAAAGGUGGCUAGAAAACCACAAGCUCAAAGAAAUCAACACACAAAAAAUGGAUGGACUUUCAGACAAGAGCGAUUAAAGGAAUUCAUCUUGAACAUAGGUAAACUCAAAAGUUCUUGCAGGGACAAGGGAGUACAAAGCUUGUUUGCUUACAUAGUAUUGCUUUAUGGCACAACAGAAACAGGUGAUUGUACUUUGAGUGCACUGAGUAGAGACACUAUGGGUAGUAUUUAAACUUAAAAUCAAUACAAUUGCUCUGCAGGGAUCAUGUUUUUACAGCCAGAGGCACAACAAUAAAAUGGCUGCUUGGUAUCCAAAAUAGUUUGACAAACAAGUUCUCCCACAUCACUGCAGACUUGAUGAAAUAAGAGUUUUUUAAAAGUUGUAUGUAGUAUGGAUUUGGGACGCAGCUAUGAUCUCUAACAAUAAGCCCUUUUCACAGAAGAUAUUUUGACAUUGUCACAGUGGGAAAAGCACAGGUGUUAUGUGUUGGUCAGGCUGCUGGCUCACUGUUAGAUGACAAUUUUAGAAACACCUGUACCCUUAUUAUUAUUAAUUUUUUUUUUACUAUGACAAGUUAAAAUGUCUGCUGCGAAAAAGCCUUACAUUACUACUGCAGUAAAGGCACCAAUCAAAUCAGCCAAACAACAUUUUUUUUAAUGUUAAUUAUAUCAACUUUUCACAAUAAAUGGAAGUGAUAUAUUCCAGUUCCAAAUGUAGCACUAUUGCAUCAACACUUAAAAGGACACCUCAAAUGCUUUUCAUCUAGAAAAAGGGGCGAUGUGUCAAACUGCUUUUCUCUUUUUUACUUUAGACUACCGAGUGUGCUUUGUAAACCAAUCUGGUUUUCUAGAGUUCAACUAAAGCUUGUUUUUUUGUUUAUGUUGCAAAAGUACUUUUGGCCUAAAUCCACAAGCAGACUUAAGUAAUCAGUGAAACAGUAGAAGGUACGUAUGACUGAGUGUCAACCUUUAUACAACAUUAAUUUAAAUGGUUAUACUCUGUGGGAUUGAUGCCGCUGCCAUAAUAUAUUCAUGCCAGAUCUGCAUUAAGAGGAAGAAACAUUUGUAAGUGAUCUUUUCUUGUAGACAUCUGCCAUGUUUUAACUUUACCUCAAUCCACCAUCAACUUUUUUCAGCUGCAAAGGAAAUCAAACUGAACACCUUUUUGAGUAACAUUUGCUAAAAAUGGGUUUAGAAAAUAUUACAGAUAAACAAAAUAUUUUUUAAAUAUAAAACUAAAUAUUUGUGACCUCUUUUUGAAGAUUUGAACUUUCAGCAGGAACCAGUGGGCUUGGGGGUUGAAUGCCUCAGACUUGGUAUACAAACACUAACAACACUUACACUAACUUUUUAACAUCCGCCUUUAAACAUCAUCACACAAAAACAAUGAUGACUGGAGAAAGAUAUCUUUGGUUCUAAAGCAGGAUGUCUGCAAGGUUCACAAAGUUAAAUUUAAGACUUAAUAAAUUGAAGACCUUCUAAGGCCUUUUUGUCUUUUAGAAAACUGAAUUCAAGACCUGCAGAUACCAUAUAAAGAAACAUAUGUUUAGCAAACAUAUAAACAGGGUUAAUAACAAUGUCAUAAAAUAGAUAAUUUUGAAUAGAACAUUUAUAAAUCAGAUUAAUGCUGAAUGGAUACUUUACCCUCUUUUUAAGUAGUUUGUGUUAAAACAUUACAUGAUUGCAUGGUGUAAAAAACAACAACACUCAAAACCAUUGAUAUAGAGUCAUAAUUGUACAUUAUAUUCCUUUACAUUGAAAACAGUAUAUAAUAAUCAUUUGUGACUAUAUAUUCUUUUCAGGUUUGUUUUUUCUUUUUAAAUUUUCGCAUAUCCAAAAAUCAAAGUCAUCUGUGCAGUCUUGUGGCCAGUGAAUAUUUGAGUCUUUUCAGCCCAACCAUUAAAGUGAAGAGCAGAGGAUUUAUGAGUGAAUCUUU